GACAAUGCUAGUGUUUGUGCAGCGGCCCCUGAGUGGUGGCUGGCUUUCUCAGAUCGCUCUCGCUUGACUACCGGUGCUGCCAGCAUUGCUGAGGUGUGGGGAAAGUGGACAGUUGCAUCCUGGGAGUGGGAUGCACUGACUGAGACAGUGCAAGGAAGUUGAAUUUGAUUUGAGGUGCAGUAAAGCAGAAAAACUGGCCACAACACAGACAUCCAACCCUGGACUUUUUGAUGGCAGCAUAAAGGAGGACAUCUGCCCUUUGAGGACCCCCCCCAGAAGACAGCGGUCUUCUUCUGCCACAUUAAAGAAGCUGGGAGGAGCAUUUGUGGCAGGUGAGAGUUGAGCGGUGUGCUGAAGAAACUUGAGGAGGAUAUAAGGAGUAGAAGAAGACGAGCAUUGGAGCUGGGCAAGGAGCCCCGAAACAACCAAGAUGGGAGACAAGAAAAUUAGUCUCUCUGCUAAGCUGAUUAAUGGGGGCGUAGCAGGCCUGGUUGGUGUGACAUGUGUAUUUCCUAUUGACCUGGCAAAGACCCGCCUACAGAACCAGCAGGGCGUCCAAGUCUACAAAGGAAUGUUUGACUGUCUGGCAAAGACGGUGCGCUCAGAUGGGUAUUUUGGAUGCUACAGAGGUGCUGCAGUAAACCUCACGCUGGUCACACCAGAAAAAGCAAUCAAACUUGCAGCCAAUGAUGUCUUCAGACAAAAGCUUUCAAAGGACGGGCAUUUACCCCUGUGGGGGGAAGUACUGGCUGGCUGUGGGGCUGGGACCUGUCAGGUGGUGGUCACCACUCCCAUGGAGAUGCUCAAAAUCCAGCUGCAAGAUGCAGGACGACUUGCUGCACAAAGGCCCAUGGCAGCUCCCACUCAGACAGCAGCUCCCGGCUCUGCUCCAUCAGUAGUGACCGCUGCAUCACAGGUCCAAUCAGCUUGUCCCCAGCGGCCCUCGGCAACUGGCAUCACGGUGGAGUUGCUGAAAACCCGUGGCUUGGCUGGUCUCUACAGGGGGGCAGGAGCAACCUUAAUGAGAGAUGUCCCCUUCUCUAUGAUCUACUUCCCUCUAUUUGCCAACCUUAACGCACUGGGCCGCGAGAGAGCAGAGGGUCAAGCUGGUGAUCAGGCCCAGGCACCGUUCUGGCAGUCCUUCCUGGCUGGCUGUACCGCAGGCUCAGUGGCAGCAGUGGCUGUUACACCGCUGGAUGUGAUAAAAACUCGUCUGCAGACCUUGCAAAAAGGUGAAGGGGAGGACACAUACAGAGGAAUUGUUGACUGCAUAAGACGCAUCAUGAGCCGGGAAGGCCCUACAGCAUUCCUGAAGGGUGCAGCAUGCCGGGCUCUGGUCAUUGCUCCUCUUUUUGGUAUCGCGCAGGGUGUCUACUUCCUUGGGGUCGGGGAGGCGGUUCUGGGCUUACGGGGAUAACGGUGACUGGCAGCUGUGGCUGUAGUUUUACUGUUUCAGAACAAGCAGAGAACACACAAAGAAGCACAGCCACAUUCUGCUAACCAUGGGAGCAGAAAUAACAAAAAUGUUACAGAAAAAUGGACCUGUGGGGUCACGCUAAUAAUUGUUCUCUAGGGUUUUACAAGCUGUCAGAAAAGUUCUGGUGGUUAAACAAGGUCCCGUGUAGGUCUGUGUAACUAAUCUGAGAGUCCUGGCCAGCCCAAGGUGCUGAACAUCACAGGUGUUCCCUUCCCCCAAGGGAGAUUAUUUUCACUGGCUGUUAAUAAAGAACUGAUGAAUACUUUUACAGUUGCGAAACUAAAAUGCCUGACAGUGUGACGCUUUCUGGAAGGUCACUAUGAAAGUUACCCAUUUCAUUCAUGUCUAAAAUAACAUGAUGCAUAAACUGAGGUUCUGAAUCUGGUAUCUGUGUAUUAUGUCCAAUGCCUUGUUUAAAACAGGAGCUCGGCCUCCAUCUGCCCACUCAGUCAUGCAUUCCUCCCACAACAUCCUGUAGGUCACAGUUGUAAUCUGCUAUUCUUCUAGGAUGUGCUCCUUGCCAAUCUCUCUAAAGUCAUUUGUUAAUCUGAUGGUAAUUCUUUAAUCCCUGAAAUAGCGGACAAUUCGAUUUACAACACAGCUCACUUCCUGUUAAAUGUUCACAGGUUAGACUGCAAGGCACCACAAGGCCUUACAGGGUUUAUCACUUCGAAUGAAAAUUAGAACAACAAAUAUAAAGACAAUAAUCCCUUAUGGUUUAUGGUUUAAACAUGUUGCAUAAAAUGAUGUGCGCACAGUAACAAAAGGACAAUGCAAUUAACGCCUUAUCAAUGCUGUUUGUUUAAACUGUAGGUAUUAAAACAAAUGACAGGAAAGGUUCAGAGUUUCUUUUUAAAGUAGGGUUCUGUUCAGAGGUAAAGGCAAGUCUUCCCUGUAGUGGACCGUACCACGUCUUCACUUCUAUGACCCAGAACAGCUUUAAAAAGCUUAACUGUGGAGGACAAAACACCUCCAACAAUAUCUGUGGGUCCUAAACGUUCACACAGCAGCCAUGUUUGUUUUAACAGUUAAUAACAACUAUAUAUUAUAGAUAUAAAUAUUUCCUAACCUUUAUUUUAUCUCACUACAUGACAUUAAAUCAUAACAAACCUUUUCUGUUUUACGUCAGUUAAGAUUACCAAAAUUAUUUCUAUUUGCCAGAACAAGAAGAGAUAUUUUGUUUUAUUGUUUUUUCACCGUGCAGAAGUUUAAAUAUGCUGUAAAUACCAUGAUUUUAAACUAUUUUAGGAAAGCCCAGACAAUGUCAUAGCUUUGUAGAGUUCUGAUGUUAAUGCAGAACAUUCCGGUUAAUUGGAGGCACACCUCAAACAUUCUGUUUGACACCAUGGAAACUUCAAAUAUCAGACAAGAUAUCAGGAAGAGAACUGUGGAUCGCCACAUGUCUGGUACAUCCUUAGGUCUGACUUCCAGAUGCCUGAAGGUUCAACGUUCAACAUCUGAUCAGAGAAGUACAAACAUCAUGGGAAUGUUCAGGAAGGAGACGGGUUCUGUGUCCCGGAGAUGGACGGGUUCUGGUGUAAAAUGUGUGAAUAACCCCAAGAGCAAAAGCUAAGGAUCAUGUGAAGAUGCUGCUGAAUGUCAUAAGAGUCAUCAUCUAGAGUGAAAUGAGUCCUGAACCAACAUGGGCUGAAGAGCUUCAUCCCUACUGUGAUGUACAGAGCUGGCAGCAUCAUGCUAUGGGGGUGUUUUGCUGCAGGAAGGACUGGUGCACUUUACAAAACAGAACAUCGUAUGGGAAUAUUGAAGGAACCUCUCAUGAAAUCAGCCAGGAGAUUGAAGCUUGGACACGAACAAGUCUUCCAAAUAGACAAUGUCCCUCAGCAUACCACCAGAUUAGAUGCAGAGUGACUUUAGGAUAACAAAGUCAACGUUUUAAGUGGCCAUCACAGAGCCCUGAUCUCAGUCCACCAGGAACUUUGUGAGCGGAGCUGAAAAGGUGUGUGUGAGCAAGACGUCCCAUAAGCCUGAUCCAGUUACACUGGUUCUGUCAGGAGAAAUGGGCCAAAAUUCCAGUAAACUAUUGUGAGGAGCUUGUGGAAGGGUACCCAAAAUGUUUAACCUGAACCAUAACAGAUAUAAGGCAAUUCUCCUAAAUACUGAGGAAAUGAAUGGAAACUUCUGAAUUUGAAGAACAUAAAAAACAAUCUUUCAUUUAUUCUGUCAUCAAGGCAAUAGUUCUGGUAAUCCUAGCUGACCUAAAACAGUCAAAGUUUAACGAUUUAAAGAUUAAUGAUUUACAGUCAGUUAGUGGGAGAUAAUGUUUCUCUACAGUGUGUGUAAAUAUCAGGUUUUUACUGUAAUUUUUAUGUAAGACAAACAUGGCAGUGUUGUAAAUAAAAUUGACCUUAGAGAAGAAUAAUUUGGCAGAAACCUGCUCUGCUCAGACUAGCUGUUAAAUGAGAAAGUUGUUCAAAGUGAAGACAGAUUUAGCAAUCGCGUUAAGAUAUUGACUGCUCAUAACCUCAACAAAACCUCACUUUAGAUGGAAAUCGUAGUAUUUGGAUAUAAUUUCAAUUUAGCAAAGAAAAUGUUAAAUAUUAGACAGAAACAAGGCACCUUUUCUUGUUUUGUAGAGAGAAUAUAUCCUAAGAAAACUGUUUGCAAGCUGUAAAUAAAGAGAUCUCCAACAUAUUAAA